AUGGUCUGUAGUAUAUGGCGUACGCUGUUCUAUGUGCGCACGGCUUGCGGUUCCCCCGUCAGCAUCUGCAGCAGAAUUCAGCAGCAUACACCGCCGGCGCCGCUCGGCGUCGCAGGGCGGUCUCGGAGCGCGGAGCGGAGUAAAGUGCGAAGCAGCAAAUGGGACAUACGCGUGGCGCCUAGCCCAGCGUCUCCCACGCUGUCCAGCACGAGCUCUGCAUUUGCGAUGCCCACUUUGAAAGACACUCCGCGCACCGUGUAUACGGGGCCCCUGGUCCUCGGGGCUGCCCAAGAGCAAGCCGCUGCAGCGUCCGCCGCGGCGGCCGCCAUCAGCAACACGCUCAACAGUCGCCUCAUGCCCCCGCCGCCUUCGGCUCCCCCUCCGCCUUCGACCCUUGCGGCUGCCUCCCAGCCCCCCGCCAGCGGCCCUGCGCCGGCCUCCGCAGCGCCGAGUGCGGUUCCUCUCAGGCUGAACGACUUCGACACGGAUCGCAGACAGCGACGUCUCUACGUGGGCAACCUGCCUCCGGGGUCAACUCAGCCGGAUGUCGUGGGCUUCUUCAACGGCGCGCUGCUGGCCGUGAAUGCGCAGACAAAUUUCGUGCAAGAUGACCAGAACGGCGCGACGAGCGGCGAGAAGAUGCUUCCAGUCGAACGCUGCGAAGUCUUCAAUGAGUCGUCCCGGUUCUGCUUCGUUGAACUGAGAACUGUCGCGUACACCAUCUUGGCCAUCAGACUCGACGGCAUCAACUACAAUGGCUUUUCUUUGCGUGUCGGGCGACCGCACGACUACGUGCCGCCAGCUGGAGGCGACCCAGCGGACCACGCGUACAUCCCCCUACUCGACGACGCGAAGAAAAUGAAAAGGGAGAAGAAGGAGACUCCGGCGCGACCUGACUCCGGCCCUGACAACAAAAUCUACAUUCAGAACCUGCCUCCUGAGAUGGGAGAAGAACAAGUUCGCGAUCUUCUGGAGCAAUUCGGGACGCUUCGAGUUCUCAACCUUAUUAAGAAUGUCCAGACGGGGCAGCAUAAAGGCUACGGCUUCUUUGAGUAUGAAGACCCCGAGGUCACCGACCAGGCUAUCCUCGCUCUCAACGGCUUCGUCUGCGGCGCAAACAUCCUCAGUGUGCAGCGCGCGAACUUCUCUGCGACGGUGGUGACCCGAGAUGUUCACCGAAUGAUGCCGGUCACAAACCUCCCGAAUUCGAUGACACAGAAACUUUUGUCUGAUCCUCUGGUCGCCGUCCAGGUUCAGGCCGCGCGAAAAAUUGGGGAACGGCCUUCGAAGGUCGUCCAACUUUUGAACUGCGUGUACCAAGAGGAUUUGAUCGAUCCAAAGGAAUACGAGGCCAUUUACGAAGACAUAAAGCAGGAAGCCGAAAAAUAUGGGGCGCUCGAGGAAGUACUGGUGCCCAGACCGAAUGAAGACUUGUCUUACCGCCAAGGCGUCGGCAAGGUCUUCCUGAGAUACAACGACGUGACUGCGGCGCGGAAGGCUCAGCUCAUGCUGAAUGGACGCAAAUUUGACGCGAAUAGGGUUGUAUGUGCAGCGUUCUUUCCGGAAGAUAAAUUUGCAGAGGGUCGCUAUACGCUCACGUGA